CUUAACUUCAUAGAAAGGUUAGGGUUAGGGCUUUGAUUUCGUUAUUUCAAACAGAUCAACACUAAUUAGUUUUGGACCACUCGGGGCAGAUCUACCAUGUAGCUUAUAGGUUCACAUGCCCUGUAAAUGUAUUAAGAAAUUAACUUAUUUAUCUAUAAAUGUUUGUCCGUAAACCCAGUUAUUAUUGCAUAAUAUUAACUUGAGAUGUUGUAGAAACUUAUAAACUUUAAAUUCUGGAUUUGGAGGCAUUAUUAAAUGACGAAGGCUUGGGAGAACGAGCAUGAAGAAGCGGUUACAGUGGAGGAAGAAUUUGGAUCGAGCUGCCAAACAAGUCCUCAAGACAAAAGAGAAUUGGUUCGCGAGCUUAUUAGUGUGAUUCAAACUGUAGGAUCCUAUGAAGAGUAUAGGAAGUCACAGAGAGAGGAGUGUCAUAACCUUGUUCAAAGACUAAAGCUUUUAUUGCCCCUUUUAGAAGAGAUUAGAGAUUUUGAUGGACAGAUCCCUGAAUCGGGUAUCGAAUGUUUGAUGAAAUUGAAGAAGGCAUUUUCUUCUGCCAAAAAAUUGUUAAAAACUUGCUAUUGUGGCAGCAAAAUUUACCUGGCCUUAGAAAGUGAGGCUGUUAUGGGAAGAUUCUAUUCAGUGUAUGAAAGAUUAAGUCAGGCUCUGGAGGGCAUGCCUUAUGAUGAACUUGGAAUUUCAGAUGAAGAGAAAGAACAGUUUAGAAGAGCUAAGAAGCGAAAUGAUACUCAAGACAUGGAACUCGCCAUGGAUCUGUUGGUUGCACUGUCCAGUAAUAAUGACCGGAAUGCAGAUAGCGCUAGCAUAGACAGACUAGGACACAAGCUAGGUUUACAUACUGUUAAGGAACUAAAGGCAGAAACAAUAUCAGUACGAAAAGUGGUUAGAGAAAGAAAAGGUCGCCAUGCACAAGGAACGCAAAAAAUCACAGUGUAUACGGUCGAAAUAGAUUUCGGCCUUCGUACGUCUGAUCGAGUUCGAAAGAUAAGCGAUCGAAGUGAGACUUCGAGAUGGGUUCCGAAGAUGGUACAAACAAGCUUCGAACCCGAGGGCCGAUCAAUGUCGAGUUUGAAAUCAUUAUCAAGUUCGAAUCCAAAUCGAACUAUGAUGCAAAGUAAAGCUAUCAAGUUUAUGAUCCGGAGACCGACCAACAUUGACUCCAAAUCAAUUCAAGAGUCCGAGUCAGAAUCGAGCUUAAUCCAUAUUUAA